UCCAGUCAGCGCCAAGCGAGCGAGAAGGUGUCAUCCCGCUUGUUGUACCGGUUGGGGAAGGAAGUCUGGAGCAGAGGUAGGGCAACGAACCCCCUCCCAACGGGUACCAUCACAGGGUAUGAUCAUCCUGGUAUCUGAUCGUGACAGACGGAAAAAUUACUUCCCAGAAAUGCAUGGUCGCAUGGCGUCGCAUCGGCCGGUUAAAGCCCCAACAUCAUUCCUCGGCCUGUCGGGAGGUGUCCGAGUCCGAUCAUUAAACAUCGAAAUGUCCUCUCCAGUAUUUAGAGAUGACCCGCCUCAAAGUCAUUGUAGGACGAUAUCCUAAUCCUUACCUGUUUUCCGACCAUGGCCAAACACUUCAAAACAGCAAUAACCACAGCCCUCUGCCUACUAGCAGCCCAUCCCUUCUCCAGCGCACUCACCUUCACCGUCCCCAACAAAGUCGGAACAGGAGGCUACUUCUACGCCCCUCUCGACCCCGCGCCCAUCGCUAUCUCAUUCGAGUUCUUCGCCUUCCCGUCUUACUUCACCAACGUCACCGCCACGCAGCAAUGCCUAGCAAACUGGAAGGCACUAACCGGUGUCUGGCCGCCCAUUCGCAUCGGCGGAACGACGCAGGACAGGGCGCAGUAUGACUCCAACACGUCAGCGUAUGUCGUGUACUCGGUGGCCGACGCAAAGGACGCCCCGUCUGCUUUGACGUUUGGGUCCAAAUUCAUGACGCUGGCGGGGACGUAUGAGGGGGGUGUGGUGGUUGGGCUGAACAGGGGCAAGAAUGAGAUUGAGAAUACGAUUGCUGCGGCCAAGGUGGCCGUUUCCAAAGUCAAAAAUCUGCUGGCGAUUGAACUGGGGAAUGAACCUGAAUACUGGGUCAAGGAUGGGCAACCGAUCACAUCCGAUGUCAAUUGGACUCCGGCCACAGAUGCCGCAUCGCAAAAUGACUGGAACGUACGAGUGGGUAGCGCGGUUGGCAUAACCAACAUCAUUCAGGCUGGGAAUUGGAAUGAGGCGCCGCCCAAAUGGGGAGCUGCGCAGCUGAUAACGGCCGAGAACAAGACGGUGAAAUCCUAUGUUCGACACUACGCCCACCACAACUACCCCGGUGGAAGCAUUCAGAGUCUCAUGAGCCAUUCGGCCAUCUCGAAGAACAUCCACACUUUUGACGCCGACAUAGCUGCAGCUCGAGCGAUCGGGAAGCAGUACGUCUUUGGCGAGACAAACUCGGUAUCCGGCGGCGGAGCAGCUGGAGUCUCCCCGACGUUUGGGGCAGGUCUAUGGACCAUGGACUACGCUCUCCGCGCCACUUACAGCAACAUUUCGAGGACAUACUUCCAUCAUGGGACCGUUGGCAACUGCCAAUACUGCUUCUGGGGCCGAUACAGCAUGGGGGCUCCGUACUACGGGGCAUACGCAGCGGUAGCCUUGAUGGCCGGCGCGAGCCACCUGACAGCUUUGGAUAGCGGUUCGACCAACUAUGCGGCCUAUGCCACGUUCGAUUCGAGGGGGCUUCCCCUGCGAGUGAUCUUGUACAACUCGGAUUAUUUCGCCGGUAGCGGGACAAGGACUACUCAGUCCUUUACCCUGACCGGCUUGACCUCGUCAACGGUCAGAGCGAAGAGGCUGACGGCAGCAAGCGCGACGUCCAGAGUGGAUCAAGGAAGUCCUCCGUCGUUCGGGGGCCAGCAGUUUGACAAUGGAUCUUGUGCCAUGAGCGGGACCGAGACGUUCGAGACCACACCCGUUUCUGGUGGCCAGGCUACCUUUUCGGUCAAGGCAACCGAAGCACUUUUGGUGUACCUGCAGUGAAUGCGGAGCUGGAUCGACCGGUAA